CCGAAACAAUUYGCGGAGUAACAAAAGAAAAGCASUCGACUGAUUGGAUAGUGCUAGAGUGAGGAUGGUUCAAUUGUGUCGAAACAGCAGCCGAAGAGCACCGCAUUCGCGCAUUUUUUUCAUGCUUGCCCAUGCCUUCUUAUCAACAAUGAUGACAAAGCAUGUUGCAAAUGGAUUGACAAACGGCAACAUCGUACGGAUCGGUCCGCUCCUCUCGACGUGUGUCGAUGCGUGUCAGAGAGGGUGUGUCGAAAUCAGAAAAGUCCAGGCGGCAAGAGAAUCCAGCGGCAACAAGGAGCUCGAGGGGGUCGUCCUAAAAGACGUCCAAGACCCACGAUCGGCGCUCACCGAAGCCGACAAAGCAGCCCACGCUGCAAUCGUCGGAUCGCUUAGAGCGGAAUGGRKAAACUCGGAUGCCGGGGAGGAUUGUCUUUCCGUUGUCGGUGAAGAAGACGACGASGAAGAACUGACGAAAUCACUGGAAGACACGGUCUUUGAGCCCCUCGACCGUGAUCUKUUUUCGGAAGAGAUCCCCGACGACAUCGGCCCCGAAAUCGAGGCGGGCAGYAUCACUAUCUUCGUCGAUCCACUCGAUGGCACAAGAGAAUUCGUGGAAGGGAGGUUGGAGAACUGCCAGGUCCUUGUCGGGAUAGCCAUUGACGGCGAAGCUGUCGCRGGAGCMGUGGGAAUYCCAUUUCCGGACGGAACACUGGAGAAGGAUUCCACCGUAAUUUAUGGAUUGGAUGGCUUGGGAACCGGUGUGAUUGGCACCACACUGACAAGGGGACCCUUCCCUCUGAAAAAGUACAGCGACGGAGAAAAGUACCCGAAACCCCACCACGCGACGGGGGAUUCCACUGCGGAAGUGAUGGAAGCCUGCCGGAGGGGAGCCAUCGACGGCCUCGAGGGGUCCAUCGUAACGUACGGUGGUGCCGGCAACAAAAUUCUUGGAGCGGCCCUGGGAGAGGUGGCGUGUAGCAUUCAGCACAAGAUUGGCGGGGCCUGGGAUUUGUGUGCACCCGAGGCAAUCCUGAAGGCAAUGGGAGGAAGGAUGACGGACUUGUUUGGCGACGAAAUCGCAAUCUACCACCCCGACGCUCCCUCGCACUGCAACCAGAGAGGAUACAUUGCUACUCCACCGGGCUCGGGGGACAAUUUCCACGCUGCAUUGGCUGCGAAAAUGCUUUCCCURCCCGAGGUUCAAAAGUAUCAGAAGGAAGUUGAAGGGAUGUAGUAGGUAUUCGAUGGUAAUGUGUUGAAGAAGAAGAUAUUGGCUAACAAAAACCAAAUAUUGCCUCUCACUACGAGUAGUGACUUUACCAUUCUCAAGGGAAAUAGAGGCAAACUUCUCCAGUAGCACGGGUGCGUUUGUAUUUUGCAGGCUCUGUGCUUUCAACCGAGACGUUGAUGCCUACAAUAUGGAAAAAAUGAUGCAUAGUUCGAAGAAACAAACAAUUCGAAGCUCAYGAUGAACGUUUGAAAUAAGCACGAAUUAUUCGUAGUUUAAAGUUUAAUGGUACACGGCAAAUAUUGUUUAUGAGCCAAACCUAAUCGAAUCUCGUUUUUAGGAAUAUUAUUGUUCCCUCUACUGAUGCCUAGCAAUGCACAGUAUUUAUAAUGUCAAGGAUACCUCGCUGUUGGUGAUGUCAUUGCUCCCCCUGUCAAUGGCCGAAAAUUCCACAUCCCCGUAUUCUCCACGCUUCUUGGUGUUGCCCGUCUUUUCGCUCGCAUAUCCGCCCCUCACGGUAUACAGGAUCAUAACCGAAGCAAAAAUCCCGGAAAGAAGCGACAGAACRACUGCCAGCGGUGGCGAAUCCUCGGUUGCUUUGCCACCGCUUCCAAUAGUCACGGUGCUACCGCUGGUAUCGGAACCAAAUUCGUCCAUGCCGAAGGUCUGGGUCACAUCGCGACAGAGUGUUGUAAGCUUCCAGCAGUCAUCCUUGGAAUCGAAUGAUUCGUUCCCGAGAAUCGAUUCCAGGCAUUCCACAUAGUUCCAGCCCCAUCCGUCGUUGUCCAGCUGCCCAUCCUCGCUUUUGUCGAAACGGAUCGAUGCGCAAGAUUCCCUGCAGGCGGCAACGGAAUUUGCUGUGGUAGAUGGUUUUGACGGAAAUACUAUCUUUGCGCAGCUCUCUCCGCUGYCUCUCCAGAGAUUGCACGCCGCCUCGCASGCUCCGACAUAAUUCUUCUCGGUUCGGAUGGUCACGGKUUCCGAGCACAUCUGAUCGUCUGCAUUGUUUCGACAAUCCGAAGCCGGCCCAAUACCUACCCGGAAUUUCAUUUUGUCUUGAAGAAUAUAAUGGGAGUCAUCRUGGGGUCCUACAAACCGUAGGUCGUUUUCGAGCGAAAUAGUGACCGUAACAUCUUUUGACAUUCCGGGCUCGAGCCAAACCUUCUCGUACGCCCUAAGACGCUURUAUUCUGGUGUCGUCGACCGCGAUUCAUCGAAGGUAAAAAACAACACUGUUUCUGCCCCCGGCAGGUCACCUGAAUUGGUUACCCGCACGGUCACACUCAGCCGCUCGUCGACAGCGCCUUUCCCCUUGUUUUCGUUGCCUCCAUCGUGCCAAUGUUGUUGCAGAGUCGUGGUGCUGAGUUGGAUGGUUUUGUCGUAUUCGAAUCGCGAGUAACUCAAUCCGUGCCCGAACGGCCAUUGGACCUCGCAYGGGACGUUGUUCCAGUGGGGAAGGGUGCCACCGGUAUCUUCCGUGCACAUGUCACUGACUUCGCGCAGGUAGGGAAUGCCACCCAGGUCUUGGUGCUUUGGAUACGUGAGCGGCAAUCUGGCAUCCGGGUUGGCUCGUCCCGUAAAGAAAUCGGCAAUCGCGUUCCCAGCAAAUGGACCGGGCAAAAAGCCGAGGACCACUGCGUCCACCAACGGAACCUGU